GAGCCUGGCGUGGGGCCCUGGGCUGCAGGCCGCCGCCGUCCUGCCCGUACGCUACUUCUUCCUGCAGUCGGUGGACUCGGACGGCCGGAACCUCACUAGCUCGCCGCCAGGGAGAAAGCUGAAUUGCCACAGGGCCACCAUCUUUAGAGUGUGGACUAUUACUGCUUGAAUGUUAUUCAGAGGAGAAAAGACCAAGUAGGAGAAAUGUUACUUCCUUCAGUGAAUUAAUUUUUUCAUCCACUGUUAUUGAAUGGCUGAUGAGUCCCAUGUUCAAUCAUAUCCUUGAUUUAAGGAUGGACCACACAUAGUUGCUGUCUGCAAGGAUCUUCCAGGAUGAAAUAAACGUGGUUUACCAUGAACACUGCAGGACAAAGAACUUCUAUCCUAAGAUACGUGUCUAAUCACUGAGACAUAAUGACCAGGAAAUGGCAAUGUUAUUUGUAUUUCUUUUGCUUACAGGUCAAACACAUUUCAAAGUAGUGGUAAAAUCCCUUUCACCUAAAGAGUUGGUCCGUAUUUAUGUCCCUAAACCUUUGGACAGAAAUGAUGGAACAUUUUUGGUGAGAUACCGGAUGCACGAGACUGUUCAUGAAGGGCUCAAGAUAGAGAUCCUUUAUGGUAGUGAGCACGUGGCUCAGUCUCCCUAUAUUUUAAAAGGACCCGUGUACCAUGAGUACUGUGACUGCCCGGAAGAUGACCCUCAGGUCUGGCAGAAAACUCUGUCUUGUCCAGCCGAUGAACCACAGAUCGAGCAGGAUUUUGUUUCCUUCCCCAGCAUUAAUCUCCAGCAGAUGCUGAAGGAGGUCCCCAAAAGAUUUGGGGACGAGCGGGGUGCUGUUGUUCAUUACACGAUUCUCAAUAACCAUAUCUACCGGAGAUCUUUGGGGAAAUACACAGACUUCAAGAUGUUCUCUGAUGAAAUUUUGCUGUCACUGGCAAGAAAGGUCACCCUCCCAGAUUUAGAAUUUUAUAUCAACCUUGGAGAUUGGCCCUUGGAGCAUCGAAAAGUCAAUGACACCCCUGGCCCUAUACCUAUCAUUUCCUGGUGUGGCUCCUUAGACUCAAGAGACAUUAUCCUUCCAACGUAUGAUGUCACCCACUCCACACUCGAAGCAAUGAGGGGUGUCACAAAUGAUCUCCUCUCUGUUCAGGGAAACACAGGGCCUUCCUGGAUCAAUAAAACCGAGAAAGCUUUCUUCAGAGGUAGAGAUAGCCGAGAGGAGAGGCUGCAGUUGGUACUUCUAUCCAAAGAAAAUCCACAGCUGCUAGAUGCAGGAAUUACAGGAUAUUUCUUUUUCCAAGAGAAAGAAAAAGAGCUUGGAAAAGCCAAGUUGAUGGGUUUCUUUGAUUUCUUUAAGUACAAGUACCAAGUGAACGUGGAUGGGACUGUGGCUGCAUACAGGUAUCCAUACCUCAUGCUGGGCGACAGCCUGGUCCUGAAGCAGGAUUCACCGUACUAUGAACAUUUCUACAUGGCACUAAGGCCUUGGAAACACUAUGUUCCCAUUAAAAGAAACCUCGGUGAUUUACUAGAGAAAGUGAAAUGGGCCAAGGAAAAUGAUGAAGAAGCAAAGAAGAUAGCGAAAGAAGGACAGCUAACUGCUAGGGACCUGCUCCAGCCACCCAGACUUUACUGCUACUAUUACAGAGUGCUACAGAAAUAUGCUGAGCGCCAGGCCAGCAAGCCCAUGGUCCGUGAUGGAAUGGAACUCGUUCCCCAGCCAGAUGAUGGCACAUCCAUUUGCCAGUGCCACAGGAAGAGGCCCAAGAGAGAAGAGCUUUAAGGAGACCCAGCUCCACACUCCUUUGUAUGCCAGCUGCAUCUUUAAGACUUGUGAAAGAUAGCCGGGCGGUGAUGGCACACGCCUUUAAUCCCAGCACUUGGGAGGCAGAGGCAGGCGGAUUUCUGAGUUCGAGGCCAGCCUGGUCUACAGAGUGAGUUUCAGGAUAGCCAGGGCUACACAGAGAAACCCUGUCUCGAAAAAACAACAACAACAACAACAAAAAAGACUUGUGAAAGAUGCUAAGCUGUGAAGAAACAGAGAAGCCAGGCCCAGUGGAUAGGCUUACACCUGUAAUCCAGCACAAUGGAAGCAGAGGCAAGAGGAUUUUAUUGGUGCAAAGCCAACCUGAGAUUUGUGGUGACUUCCAGGCCAGCCCAGAUUACCCAGUUGGAUCUUAUGAAAAAGCCAGAACAAAAAAGAAAUGUAGAGAAAUGCUAAGCAUUUAACCCCACACUUGAGAGCCUACGUCAGGAAGAUCAUGGGUUUCAGUAUUACCAAAUACCUUCGGAACUGUCUGUGCACCCUUGUGGAUAAAAAGGCUCAUGAAUCACUGGGAAUCUCUGGGUGGCACACUCACAUGCACUGGCUUGUUUCUAUCUUUACCAAAGAUAAAAACUUCACUUACUGUUAUAUUCAGUUAUGAAGGGAGAAGUGUUUGGGGAGGUUUGAAUUUCUCUCCACUGUGUCGUUUCUCCUCAUGUAAGCUGUUCCCAUUGCUUGGUGACAGCAGCCUCCUUUUGGAAGAUCUGAUGAGGUUAACUAAGGAACAAGCUGCUGCUACUUAAGGUGGCACGGCGACUGAAGGAACAUACCACAUUGUUUAAAUCUUUCCAGCUAAGUAGCAUUAAGUGUGUGUGGCAACUGAGAAUCUGAGUUGUACCCCUAUUAAAAACAGUACAGCCACAGAUACGGAGAAUAGCAUCCUGUGGGCAUUUAUGUACUGGGAAUGUAAAAAUAGCAGCCAUCCACGUGAGAUAUUUCAUUCUGUUUGUCCUUCUGAGAAUCUUUGAGAAUUGUUACAGCCAGCUUCAGGAAGCCAGCCAGGAUUCACUAAUAACCCAAUGACAGAGGCAGGCGCUCAUUCCUGGAUCCACAGACCCUCCUGUUUCAGUAGUCUGAUAAACAGCAUACUGAAGCUGUUAAGAUAAAGGCUUUGGGACUUGCCUCUACGUUUGAGGACAAGGUCAAGAUCUAAGUCUCAUACCAUAAGUUCACUUCUGAUUCCUCAGAUCAGCAUCAAUCCAAGAUGCAGUUCCUGACAGAAUGCUCUCUAAAACAAGAGCUACCCACACUCCCAGAGUAAAGGUUCUCCCCGAACUGAAAUACUCAUUUGCUCAUAUCUGUUCUCCUGGAGACCAAUAAGAACACAAGAAUUUAUAUCUUUAACUAGAUCAUAAAAAUAUCAGCAUGACAAAUAUCCCAUAUGGACAUGAGAAAAAAGACUGCCUCCCUCGCUUCUACCUCUUUAACCACAGGUUCAGAAAGCAAAUGAUGGUUUGUUAGAGACACAUUAAUUUUUUAAACCGUUGUCAUUUGAGGCUGAACAGCCCUAGCUGAACAAGGAGAAACCACAUUGAGACAAACUGGGCAGUUUCUACUGACUUGUCCGAGCCCCCGAGAUUCUCAUUUUGAACAGUCCCACUUUGGAACAUUACACUGGAGACAGUCUUUGACACACAAACCUGCAAGGGACAUUUUACAUCCAAACUGUAGCAAGUCUAUCAAUAAAUCUAGGUGACUCCACUUGACCAUAGCCUUUGAAAUGAGUUUUCCAUGGCUUUAUGGUUCAUUAACUUGAGCAUACCUUAGGGAAACAAGCCGCAUUAUUAGACCCUGAUUCCUUCCCUUCCGACUUACCUAUUGUCCAUAGAGUCCAUUAGCCACUUUUAAUACUGAAAUUUUUAUUAAAAUAUAUCUGGCUUCAGGAGCCAUGAGUUGAGAGUAAAGAGAAACCACUGGGGAGAGGUUGGAGGGAGAAAGGGGGACAAUGAUAUAUUUUAAUUUCAAUAGAAAAAAAAGUUUUAUAUGACUUUUGAAAAAGGGAUGUAAGGAUACAAAGAUAUAGGUGUGUUCAUUUGAAUAAACUGUCAACAAUGUUUAUGUUUUCAAACACUGAGUCCAUCACCCAUCAAUUGUGAGCACAUUGCCUAAAUAGCUACUGAUGAGUUGAGGAACUGAGCACCACCAUUAACAAGAAGAAACCAGUUUUAAUUACGCUGUAAUGAAAGCUUUCCAUGACCAAAGAGAGGCACUGGACAGAACGUGAAGACCUUUUCUAAAGGAAAGGGUUGGGUGGGCAGGACAGACUGAUAGUGUUGGGAAGAGUACAGAGAGAGGGCGAUUUUUACUUUUGCUUUAUACCAUUUUAUAAUAUCCAAAUUGGUUUUAAAUUAUGAAUUUAUAUCAAGCUGUAAAAUAAAAAUGUCAACAUGGUAAAAAAAAAUGCACAGAGGAGACUAUAAUAAGGGGAAAGGAACAGAUAUUUUAUGUUUUCCACAAUGCCAUAUUAAGAAUGUCUAGAAUUUUGCCCUGUGGUUUUAUUUUAUAUAUAUAUACUCUUUUUUUAAUAAAGCACAUUUUCAUAAUAAAAA